ACAUUAUAAUAUACACUUUUGUGCUUUCUGCUAAAUUUGAUUACACGAAAUUUCUCAGGUGGUGUGACAAAAAAGCCAAUGAUUUCAUUUCUCAAGGUAAUCCCCUAAACCUUAAAAAAAUUACAUCUGAGAAAAGAAAAUAAACUAUUUUUAUUACAACAACCACUCGUAUAUAUGUUUCUCUAUAACAGAUCCUGCUACACACUCCACAAUCGAAACUUUCAGACAAAGAACUGCUUUUUUUUCCUUCAAUCAAACUCUUUUCUCACGAAACUUCACAUCGAUCCUGGUCGAACCAAUUGACGAAAUUACCAUCGUUAAGCUCUCUCUACCGUCGCCGGCGCCACACCGGCAUCUUUCUGGCGAACUUGACGGAGGCUGAAUUCAAACUGUACAACGUAAUUUCCCCGGAGACCAUCAAUUCCCGAUUUCGACUAAAACCCAGAAUUUGUUUUUUUCCCGGCGAACCGGAUACGAAUUCUCCGGCUAACCGGAGAUGAAGUUCAUGGAAUUAGGGUUUCGACCUGACACAUUCUACACUGUGGAAUCAGUAAGGUCUGUGUCUUCUGAUUUAUUGAAUGAUCUUGUAAUCCAAGUCAAAUCCACAAAAUACCUUCUUCACAAGUUUCCGAUGUUAUCCAAAUGCUUACGUUUAAAGAACUUAGUCUCUUCACAAGAAACAGAAACCUCUCAAGAACAGCAAGUCAUUCAACUUGUUGAUUUUCCCGGUGAAACAGAAGCUUUUGAGCUUUGUGCUAAGUUCUGUUACGGCAUCACAAUCACUCUCUGUGCUCACAAUGUAGUCGCGGUACGUUGCGCAGCAGAGUAUCUAGGGAUGACGGAAGAAGUGGAGCUCGGAGAGACGGAGAAUCUUGUUCAGAGACUUGAACUUUUCUUGACUACUUGUGUGUUCAAGAGUUGGAGAGAUUCUUAUGUUACUCUUCAGACUACAAAGGUUUUGCCUUUAUGGUCUGAAGAUCUUGGGAUCACAAACCGAUGCAUCGAGGCGAUUGCUAACGGUGUAACUGUAUCCCCCGGAGAGGAUUUUUCGACACAAUUGGAGACGGGUUUGUUGAGAAACCGAUCAAGGAUAAGAAGAGAUGAAAUCUUGUGUAAUGGUGGAGGAGGAAGUAAGGCAGAGAGUUUGAGGUGGUGGGGUGAAGAUUUAGCUGAAUUGGGUUUAGAUCUUUACCGGAGAACAAUGGUGGCGAUAAAAUCAUCACACCGGAAGAUAUCUCCGCGGUUAAUCGGAAAUGCUCUUAGGAUAUAUGCAUCUAAAUGGCUACCAAGCAUCCAAGAAAGCUCUGCGGAUUCAAAUCUUGUUUUGGAAUCGGUUAUUUCACUUCUACCAGAGGAAAAAUCCUCUGUUCCUUGCAGUUUCUUGCUUCAGCUACUGAAAAUGGCUAAUGUUAUGAACGUUUCGCAUUCUUCGAAGAUGGAACUCGCGAUAAAAGCCGGGAAUCAACUGGAUAAGGCAACCGUUAGCGAGCUGUUGAUACCCUUAUCGGAUAAGUCUGGUAUGUUAUACGAUGUGGAUGUUGUGAAGAUGAUGGUGAAGCAGUUUUUGUCACAUAUUAGUCCUGAGAUAAGGCCAACAAGAACAAGAACAGAACAUAGAAGGUCUCGUUCUGAAGAAAACAUCAAUUUGGAAGAGAUACAGGAGGUUAGAGGAUCUUUGUCUACUUCUUCUUCUCCUCCUCCAUUGUUGAGUAAAGUAGCAAAGCUUGUUGAUUCUUAUCUUCAAGAAAUUGCUAGAGAUGUGAACUUAACAGUGUCGAAGUUUGUUGAAUUGGCUGAAACAAUACCGGACACUUCAAGGAUUUGUCACGACGAUUUAUACAACGCGAUUGAUGUCUAUCUUCAGGUAAAAGCAAACAAGAAGCUAGUAUACAUUUUAAGAGAAACAUCUAACACUCUCGUUACGUAUUGCAGGUACAUAAGAAGAUUGAAAAGUGUGAGAGAAAGAGGUUGUGCAGAAUCUUGGACUGCAAGAAACUAUCAGUAGAGGCAAGCAAGAAAGCUGCACAAAACGAGCUGCUUCCAUUGAGAGUGAUCGUGCAAAUCCUCUUCGUUGAGCAAGCACGGGCCACACUAGCUACAACAAGAAACAAUAUCACCACUAAUGAAACAGCAGUUUUGAAGAGAAGCUUUACAACGAGAAGAGAGGAAGGAGGACAAGAAGAAGAAGAAAGAGAUGAAACUAAACCAAGUGGAGGGUUUCUUCAGAGCACACCUUCGAGGUUUAUGGCGUUGUGUGCGAUCCCGAGACAGCCUAAAAAGCUGCUGUGCAAGUUGUUGUCGAUCAGUAGGAGUUUAAGUCAACGAAUUUAAGAAGAAUUGAUGGUAUGAGUAUUAUGAUUUUUUUCCUACUGGUUUCUUGUGGCCCAAGUCAAAUUGUCUGCGUCGUCCUUGUGAAGCUUAUUUGGUUCUAAAAAUUCAUUUGUCACAUGACAUUGUAUAACCCAACAAUAAAGGAAAUAUAUAUAAUCUUUCUUUGAUAGAUUUUGUGGAGUUUAGUGUGGUGGUUCAAUGAUAAAUUGAUUCUUUGUAAUUUCAUCUUCUGUUUAUUGUAGUUAUUUCUUGAUUUGUUCCAGUCAAAUAAUAAACCAAAACUGA